UCAUGAAUGAAAGAUGGAAUGCCAGGCCUGGCUAUCUAUGUGGGGUCCAGCGCAGUUAGAUACCAUUUAAAACACCAUAGAAAAACAAGAGCCUUGCUUGUCUUCUACUACUACAUAAUCAAUAAAUCCUCUGUUCGUCCCAUUCAAUUCGCAUUUACACUGCCUCUGCGUGCGUUUCUUUUCUUUAUUUUGACUUCCAAAUUCUCUCUCCCAUCAACUCCUUUUUUUUUUUUUGUUAUCAUUUCUCUUUAUUUGAGGCAUGGAUCUGAGCGAACGUGAAGUCUCUCUCGACGUUUUCCCCUACGUUCGAGUGUACAAAGAUGGAACGUUCCAGAGAACCGCUGGGACCGAAAUCGCCCCGCCCUGUUUGGAUGCUCAAACCGGAGUUUUAUCCAAAGAUAUCGUCAUCAUCCCGGAGACCGGUGUCUCAGCCAGAGUCUACCGUCCCGACACGGUAAAAGCCGACCAAAAGCUUCCCUUGGUUGUUUACUUCCACGGCGGAGCUUUUUGCAUAUCAUCGAUCGCUGACCCAGUUUACCACAACAGCCUCAACUUGCUGGUGGCAGAGGCCAACGUCAUCGUGGUUUCGGUGGACUAUCGUAGAGCUCCGGAGCAUCCUCUUCCGGCGGCCUAUGAAGACUCCUGGCAAGCCCUCCGAUGGGUUGCUUCACACUCUGUACAAGGAGGAGCUCUAGAAGACGGCGGCCGAGAUCUAGCGCCUUGGGUCAGAGAUCACGUGGACUUUGACCGUGUGUUCUUGGCUGGAGAUAGCGCAGGUGCUAAUAUCUCACACCACUUGGCCCUGCGCCUCACCGAAUCAAACCCAACUCCGAAACUGAAGAUUGUUGGCAUUGCAAUGAUCCAUCCUUACUUCUGGGGAAAAGACCCUAUUGGGUUUGAGGCCCAAGAUAAUUUUCGGAAGGCAAUGGUGGACACGUGGUGGACGUACGUGUGCCCAUCAGACAAAGGCAACGACGAUCCUCUCAUCAACCCUUUUGUAGAUGGAAGUCCGAGUCUUGCGGGCUUGGCGUGUGGAAAGCUUAUCGUUUUUGUCGCAGAGAAAGACAUAUUGAGGGAAAGAGGGAAGCUUUACUUCGAGAAUUUGGUGAAGAGCACGUGGAAAGGAAAAGCGGAGAUUGUGGAAACGGAAGGAGAGGAUCAUGUUUUCCAUAUCUUCAACCCACAUAGUGAAAAAGCUAAGUCGUUGAUUAAGCGCUUGUCUUCUUUCAUAAACUAUUGAAGCUACUUAGUUUAUUCUUCACAGGAUUGCGUUAUGGGUGGAAAAGGAGACUUUUAUCUUUGUCGUUGUAGUAUUCCAAUAAAUAUUCUGGAAUGUGGAAUUGGUGUGGGGUAUAUGUAGUACCUUUAUGUCGCUUCUCUUUUUCAACUUUUUGGUUUGCUUGAUUGAAUACAAAGUUCGCUAGUUAAAGAAAUAA